GCGAGACGCUGCUCGUGAGUUGUGGUGCACGACGGGCACUGCGGCUGUGCAGCGCCUGACGCGAAGCGCAGAUCCACCACAACCCGAAGCACCAGUGGUACUACUAUAAGGGCAUCGACACGGACAAGAGCAUCUUUCUGAAGACUUACGACAGCAAGACCGAGACGCGCACACCACACACAGCCUUCGUCGACCCAACGUCGCGGCCAGACGCGCAGCCGCGCUGGAGCGUCGAGGUGCGCGUGCUCUGCUUCACGGAGACACAGCCGGCCGCACAGUAGAGGCGGCAAUGCGCAUCACAUUGCAGAGCUUCACUUGAGCGAGCCGCGCUUGCGGACGUGCACGAAGGUCUGGCUGUGUGGAAUGUCAGCGGAGGAACGUGAGUGUCGACGGAGAGCAACGCACUCGAUCUUCUGCGCCAUCUGCGGUCGAGAGUGGGGUCAGCCCUACCUGGCGAGCACUCGACUGCCGAGUGCCACUUACCAGCUUCUUAUCACGCCCUUGCAGGUCGGCAUGGGCGGCGAGCACAGCGAGGUUGGCCUACCCACCCAGAGGUCAGCUCGUGAUCCGAGGAUUCGAGACCUGCCGGCGUACCUUGAGCAGACUGUGCGUCACCUCAACGAGCGCCAUCUCCUCCUUCUCAUCCCAAGGACGCGGCAGGGCGCGCUUGGUGACACUCUUGCCCUUCUCACUCUUCUCGCUGCUGGCCUCAGCCUUCUGCUUCUUGACCUGCUCUGCGUGUCAGCAUGCAACGCUGGUGUAUCGCCUCGCGCCAUGACGGCUUACUGGCGGCGACUGGCGCUUGGCCUCCUCGGGUGUGCUGCGCUUCUGUUGCGGUGUCUGUGGCUCAGCUGGGCGGCCUAGCAACCUCAUGCAUGACUGACGGGAGACAUGAUUCAGAGUGAAGGACGGGGAGAUGUGGGAGAGAU